AAUGAAUAUUUAUAUAUGAUAUUUUCUUUUCAAACUUGUAGCUGGAACUGGAACGAGCUGCUGGUGCCCGCCGGACUCCUUCAGUUCCCGUUCUACGACUACACGCUCCCUCACUUCAUGAACUUUGGCUCUAUGGGAAGCCAUAUAGCUCACCAUCUUGUUUAUGGCAUCGAUCACUCAGGUGGAUACUACAAUGUGGAGGGCGUGUUUGAGGAUUGGUGGAGCAACAGGACGACCAACAAGUGGAUAGACGCCAAGAAGUGUGUGGAGAACUACUACAACAACCAGAGCAUGGGUCCAUUCACCAUCCCAGGACAGACCAUUCCUGUCAAGGUACCAGUCAAUGGAUUAAGAUGGUCAGCAGAAGCAAUGGCUGAAACUAGUGGAGUCCAGAUAGCUUACAAGGCUUACAAGAAAUGGGUUCAGAAGAACGGUGGAGAGAAACUGGCUCCUGGAUUAGGUCUGACCAACGACCAGAUGUUCUUUGUCUCAUAUGCGCAAGCUAGCUACUACAAUAGAAAUGACAAUGUCGCCUACUACAAUGCCGUCCGAGGAACAGUGUCGGAAGACAUUAGAACAAACAGUGCCUUGGCACAGAUUAAGGAAUUCUCAACAGAAUUUAACUGUCCAGCAAAGACGCCCAUGAAUGCGGAAGUUAAGUGUGCCAUGUAUGGAUAGAACCGAAAACGGAUCCAUUUCAAUGCAAGAAGUUUUACAAACGUCACGUGAAAUCAUCUGCACACACCAAGUGUUGGAAAUGAAGUUUGCAACAAUAAACUUAUUCAUUUUGUGAAUUAUUUGGAAACUCACUCCAAUAUACUCAAUUCUAAGCAGAUAUGAUCGUUUUAAUGCCUAUAUAAAGCAUUGUCAAUAAUAUACCCAGUCUACUUAAUAUUGGUAAUUGAAAGCGUGCAUAAUAUACAAUCAUAUAUGUACAUGUAUAUAAUAAUAAAUCUUUAUUAACAUACUCUAUUAAUAAUCCUGACAAACCGUAUUACACAUUCCCAGGA